AUGAAAUUCAAACAAUUAACAAAAUUACCACCCAAUGCAAAAGUUGGUGUUGUGGGUGGUGGUAUCUCAGGUCUCUUUUUUACUUAUUAUCUAAGUAAAUUGAGACCUGAUGUUAACAUAACUUUAAUUGACCAGAAUCAGGGAAGACUUGGUGGUUGGAUUUAUUCUUGGAACACACAAGAUAAACAAGGUAAAGAUGUCAUGUUAGAACGUGGUCCAAGAACCCUAAGAGGUAUUUCUGAUGGAACAGUACUAAUGAUCGAUGCAAUAAAAAAACUUGGUCACUCUGAUAAAGUAAGUUGUAUUGAAGAACAGUCUCCAGCUAACAGGAAAUUUUUAUUAGGACCAAACAAUGCGUUAGUUCAAGUACCAGACUCUUGGGUUACCUUUUGUAAGUUUUAUGCAAGUCCUCUUGCUAAGGGUCUUACUAAAUCUGUUUUAUUUGAAUGGGCCAGGCCGAAAAAGAAGGAUUAUAAAGAUGAGUCAGUCGAACAAUUAAUAAAGAGAAGAUUUGGAAGCAAUUUACUGGGUCAAAAUAUCAUGAGUGCCAUAUACCAUGGAAUAUAUGCAGAUGAUAUAUCAACUUUAAGUGCAAAAAGAGUUGCAGCUAAUUUAUUCUGUGAUGAACAGAAGUAUGGUUCUACUUUAAAAGCCGCUUUAAUGAAAUUAUUGCAUCAAAGAGGGUCGCAAAAAUUUAAUUCUGAAGAGCUAAGCCCAGUUCUUCAAGCAUAUCAAUCUAACUUCCAUGGUAAUGCUCAUGAAAUAUUUCAACUUUCAAAAAAAUUAAAGAACUAUCCAAUGUUAAGUUUUGAAGGUGGAUUAAGUGUAGUACCUAAUUCUAUCACCAGUGCGAUCAAAGAUAUGCCUAAUGUCUCUAUUUUAAAUAAAAGAGUUACUCAAUUAAUUUCUAAAGACAAAGAAUUACAACUUGCUUUUUCGAACAACAAUUCUGAUAUCGGUUCAGAAAAGUUUGAUCAUGUAAGAUUCUCCUUGGUACCAAAUUAUAUUCAAAACAUUUUUAGUGAAGAGAACAAUAGAGAGUUGAUUAGAAAAUUACAAAAGAUUAAAUAUAAUACUGUAUUGUUAGUUAAUUUUUACCAUCCAACUAAAGAUAUUAUUACUACAAAAUAUGACAGCUUUGGUUAUCUUGUUCCAAAGUCUAACUCAAACCCUGAACAUUUAUUAGGUGUGAUAUUUGACUCUGUCAUUGAAAAGAAUAGAAAACCAUUAUUUCCAACAUCUACCAACGGUAACCAUUCAAAUGAAAACAAAAAUUACACAAAACUUACAGCUAUGGUAGGUGGUCAUUUAUUAAAUGACUUACAAGGAAAUCCAAUAGUACCUGACAAAAAUACAGUAAUUGAUCAAGUAAAAAAUGCAUUAAAAAAACAUCUACAUGUUUCUGACAAGGACUUAAAUGAUGGUCUUUGGGUCUACACUGCGGCCAAUGACUGUUUACCAAGAUUUAACGUUGGAUUCAAUGAGCUAGCUGAUGAGAUUGAAAACCAAGUGAUUAAACAAUACAAUGGUAAUGUAUCCUUUGGUGGGAUGGCUUUUUCUAAAGGUCCCGGUAUACCAGAUGUUGUAGUAGAUUCAAUGUUGGAUGCUAUCAAACUAAAGUGA